AUUCGUAAAUACCAAUCGGUCUCGGACCGGCUUUCGUAUGGGUUUUAAAAAAAUCGCUGCUAUCGAUUUCAAGACGAUAUGUGUACUGUGUUCACGCCAGGAGGCAAAGAUGCAUUGGCGAUCGGGAGGGAGUCUCAGAUCUUGGCGAUAUUCGACACCAUGGGAUACGGCGUCGUUUUCGACAUGGACGGCGCGGCGAGGCUGUCCUACAACCAGAUCGGUGGAAUUUUUACGGACAAUCCCGCCGGUCUGCCCCUCGUUUGGACUUGGAACGCGAAUCCGAGGGAGUCGAUACUCGAGACUGUGUACACGGAAAAUCUAACCGAUCGGCUACGAAUGGAAUAUUUCCCUCCGACUAGUAAAUCGGUGGAAAGUUCCGGAAAUGUUAAGACACCGAUAUCACCGUCCAGCUCGAGAAAUAAGGAAAAGAAGGUCGCCGAAGUGCAGAAACCUGUUGUCGAGGAACGACAAGAAGAGGUCGGGAACAAAGCAAACGACAAUCAAAAGCUGCCUAAAGAAGACAUUAGUCACAUAAAAGUGAUUUGCAUAAAAUUAAAUAAAUUUCUCGGCCUGCGAAUCGUCGAUCGAAGGAAUAUCAGUUUACGAUUUUCUGCUGGAAAUAAGAGCGUCAGGAUAGAAUUAGGUACAGUCCUGAAUUUUAAUAAAGAAAUAGCAUCUUAUUCGGUGGAAGCGAGUGACUGGAAAAUCGAUAUGCUGAGAUGCAGAUUCCAAGAGAAAUUUUCCAAGAAAUUGGAAUCCGAAGACAGUCUGUACGAUUUAGCUAAGGAGUAUCGGAAAGUAAAGAGAUUCGCGAAAGAGCGUAAAGCUAUGAUCGCUAAAUACAAACCUUUUUCCGAGACCAGCCGCGCCUCCCGUUAAAGUCGAAAAUGUGUGUUGGAUAUCU